GUUGCUUAUGCCCACAUUUUGUUUCUCUGUCACACAGUGGGUCCUGCCAGUUGAGUGCUGUCUUCCCUUUACAUCCGCACCGAAAAGGUUUGGGUGACACUCUCAGUGGCUGCUAAUUGACGCCUACAUCUGCAAAUGGAAUUUGAGGAAAGGCGUGUGAUCCGAGUUCAGGGUGUGAAAUGCCACACUCACAGGUCUUCUUCGACGCACAAGCGAUCCAAGAGUGAUUCCGACAACACAGGCAGGGAAGAUAAAUUCGGUUCAUCACCUAAACAACUUUGUUCUAAGCUGGAUAUGGGAAAGACUAAGGACUACAUUGGAAUCAAGAAGAGAUCAUUACCGGACGCUGAGGUCCAACACUCAUUGAAGCAAGAGAUUCUGCAGCUUGAGAAGCGGCUGUUGGGUCAAUUCAAAACGCGAUGUGCACUAGAAAAAGCAUUGGGAUGUAGCUCAUCUGCAGUUCUCUGUUCCAAUGAUACUUGGAUGCCAAAGACUACCAAAGAGCUGAUAAGGGAGAUUGCAUUGUUGGAGUUGGAGGUCAUGUACCUGGAGCAGUAUCUACUGUCACUCUAUCGAAAAGCUUUCAGCCACCAAAUUGCUCCGUUGUCUGCUGAUAGUGCACACAAAGAGACGAUGCCACAGAGUUCCCAGUCGGAGAUGUUUCAAGAUGAUGACGAUUCAACACAGGAAGCCUCAUCUGAGAAAGAAGGGCCAGGAGCUCAGUUUCAUCAGAUACGUGAAGCCUAUGAAUCCAUCUGCAAGGAGAAGAAUGCUGGUGCAGACGUUCGACUCGGUCAUUCCUCGGUCUCGCAACGAGCAACUCGUUCCGCGAGAAUAUCACCUACGGAAGAGAGCAUUGCGAGAGCUCUUCGCUCCAGCCAUUCUCAACCCCUGGCAUUUCCCAAGGAAGAGAAGAAUCAUGCUUCGAGUGUGAUCAGCCUAGCGGACUAUCUCGGUGCUAAUAUAGCUGAUCAUGUCCCGGAAACCCCCAAUAAGCUCUCAGAAGACAUGGUGAGAUGCAUGUGUGCCAUAUAUUGCAGACUUGCAGAGCCUCCUUUGGUUUGCCAUGGCCCUCCAUCGUCUCCUGUUUCAUCCCUCUCAUCAAUCACUGAGCUUUCUGUUCUUGACACUCCCAUCCAUAGAAGAGAACCUCUUCUUGACUACUCUCGCUUGAUUCAUCCUUUCCAAGUCGAAGGACUAAGAGAAUUCAGCGGACCGUAUGCUUCCAUGGUUGAGGUUCCUUCGAUCAGCAGGGACCCUCAGAGGGUGAAAGAUGUGGAAGACAUGCUACAAAACUACAAGUCAAUUCUUCAGCGACUGCGAAAGGUCAAUCCAAGGAAGAUGAAGCACGAGGAGAAGCUUGCGUUUUGGAUAAACAUACAUAAUGCCUUGAUGAUGCAUGCAUAUGUAGAAUAUGGGAUUCCACAGAACAAUGUGAAGAAGGCAUCACUGCUCAUCAAGGCAAGCUGUAACAUCGGUGGUGGCUCAGUAAAUGCUGCCAUCAUACAGGGUUCUAUUCUUUCUUGCCGCACACAUUGCCCUGCUCAGUGGCUUCAAUCGUUGCUGUUCCCAAGGUUAAGAAACAAGGCUGGAGAUCGCUGGCAAGGAUACACCAUCGAGCAACAAGAACCUCUUCUUCAUUUUGCACUUUGCUCAGGAAACCAUUCUGAUCCUGCGGUCCGAGUGUACACCCCCAAGAGACUGUAUCAGCAGCUGGAAGCUGCAAAAGAGGAGUUCAUUCGUGCCACCGUGAGGAUUCGGAAGGAACACAAGAUCGUCAUGCCCAAGGUUGUGGACAUGUACGCCAAGGACAUGAAGCUAAGCUCACAGGCACUGCUUGACAUGGUUCACCAUCAUCUUUGUGAGACACUCAGGAAAUCCAUGCAAGGGUUCCCACAAGCCAGGUCAGGAAAGAUCAUUGACUGGGAGCCUCAUAACUUUAGUUUCAGAUUUCUUCUGUCAAAAGAACUUGCAUUUGCUUAAUUAGGACGUGAAGAGAGGUGAUUUGGUUCAUUUUUGUUUUCCCUUCUUUGUUCAAGGCCAUUAUUUACUGUGUAUAGAGGCAAGACGUCGUGUUGUAUAUCCUCUACAGAAUUCAAUUCAACCUGGUGGA